ACUGAAUCCUAUAGCAAUACAAACUCAGUAGCUCCAUCAAAACAACAAACUGGAAUCACACUGAUCUCAACUUGCCGGAAAACAAAAAGGUAGCCGGAAACACUAACGGAGUUGGUUGUCAUCGGAAGGAAUGUCAGAGAAAAAGCCGGUGGUUGGCCUCUCAUGGCAACCGAAGUUGCCUUUUACUUCUCUGUCAAAGGCUACAAAUGAUCAAUCUCAUGGCCAAUUUCAAGCCAAGGGACCUAAUAGCACUAUUUGGAAACCAAAUUCAGAAUUGGUUAGUGGACUAUUGGUUCCUCCCAAUGAUCCCAGAAAAUUAAAUAAGUUAUUGAGACAGCAAGUUAAAGAUACUGCUGGAAAAAGAUGGUUUGACAUGCCUGCUCAAACCAUGACCCCUGAGCUGCAGAGAGAUCUUAAGUUACUAAAGUUGAGGGAUGUCAUUGAUCCAAAACGGCACUACAAGAAGGGUGAUUCAAAAUCAAAGACACUUCCAAAGUACUUUCAGAUAGGAACAAUUGUAGGUUCCUCGCUGGACUACUUCUCAGGAAGAUUAACAAAGAAAGAGAGGAAAGAAUCGUUUGCAGAUGAGUUGCUUGCUGAUCAAAACAAUUCAGCUUACAGGAAGCGUAAGGUUCAAGAAAUCGAAGAGCAGAGGCAACCAGCUGGGAAUAAAAAGUGGAAGAACAAUGGCCAAAGUACUCGGAAACGGGCAAAAGAAAGAAGGAAGUUCUGAAAUUUACAGACUUUUUGGAGUUUAUUCAGUUUUGUGCACAUGCCAGAAAAUUAAUGCAA